GGAUAGGAUCUGGUGAAGAACGAAGGUUAGGGUUGUGGUGUGUUGUUUUUGCAGAGAAAUUGGGUGGAUUGUUUCCAUUUGAAGAACGGAUUCUUAUUCUAAGGGUCCUUCGAUUCUUAUCAUUUUGGGAAAUAUAGGUGUGGGUUAGAGGAUAAUGUGUAUACUGUGCGUCGUACAGAAGUGGUCUCGGCGGGUUGCCACCAUGCUUCCUUGGUUAGUGCUUCCACUUAUAGGUCUAUGGGCGUUGUCGCAGUUGUUGCCGCCGGGUUUUAGAUUUGAGGUCACCUCUCCUCGGCUGGCUUGUGUUUUGGUUCUUUUGGUUACCCUCUUCUGGUAUGAGAUUUUGAUGCCUCAGCUAUCAGCUUGGCGGGUGCGCAGGAGCGCUAGACUUAAAGAGAGGCAGAGGUUUGAAGCCAUAGAGAUGCAGAAGCUUCGGAAAACGGCUACCAGAAGAUGCCGGAACUGCUUGAACCCUUACCGGGAUCAGAACCCUGGUGGGGGAAAGUUUAUGUGUUCUUAUUGUGGUCACGUCUCAAAAAGACCGGUUCUUGACUUGCCUGGGCCGGGGCUUACUAACUCUGGUAUCAUAGGAGAUUUAGUUGGCAAGAGUGGGAGGAUGUGGAACGGAAAGGUUUGGUCGGAAAAUGGUUGGAUUUGUGGUUCAGAUUGGUUAGAGAAUGGCAACUGGGUCGGUGGGUCUUUCCCAGGGAAUGUAAAUUAUUGGGAGAAGAAGGGAGGUGGGUUUUUCAGUGGUGAUGAUCAAUGUCUCGCAGAGAAAUCUUAUUCUGGUGUUGUAAUGCUCACCUGCAAGCUGUUGGCCUCCUCCUUUUUUAUGAUAAGAUGGUUUUGGAGAAAGAUUUUUAGGGUCAGCACUGCAAGGGGGGAUGCUUCACUGGAUGGAGAGGACAAAGGGAUGUUGCCUAAGAAAGGUGAAAACGGGGGAAAUUUUCAUGAGAGCAGGGGAGAUAAGGCUCGCAGGAAGGCCGAAGAGAAGAAACAGGCUAAGUUAGAGAAGGAGCUUUUAGAGGAGGAAGAAAGGAAACAGAGGGAAGAGGUUGCACGGUUAGUGGAAGAACGUAGGAGACAGAGAGACGAGAAGAUGGAGGCAGAAAAAGAGCGUAGCAAAGGAUCAACUGUUGACAGGGAAAAGGAUGGUAAGAGAGAAUCUGAAAAGAAGCGUCAGGAAAGAAGGAAAGAAAAAGACAAAGGGUCUAGUAAGAGCAACUCUGAUGGAGAGGAGUUGGAAAAGAGGGCUGGGAAGGAAUGUGAAAAGAAGCGAGAUUUGGACAAGAGGACAGAGACUGAAAGAAGAGAAGCUCAAAAAAAUACUUCUGAAAGCUUCAGGACUCAGAGCUUGGAAACAGGGCAUGGUGUAAGGGUUACCAAUACAAAUAAUUUUAGUAAGGGAGGUACUGGUGUUAGAUACCUGGAUCGUGUGAAGGGUUCAUUUCUUUCUUCUUCUAAAGGUUUUAAUGGAUCCAGUUUCUUUGGGAAGGGUGGUCAUGCUGCUGUUACUGUUGUUCCGAAAAACAACUCUAAUAGUUCUGUGGAUCAUGUCCAGGCCACCGGUAAUCGAAGAGAGGUACACUUGAAUGAACAUGUAGCUGGGAAAAUAAAUUUGAAUGGAGAUGAUAAGGUCACUGAUGUCAGUAUCCAACGUCAGGUGGUUUCAGAACCACAACCAUGGGCAACCCCAAAAAAAUCAUGGCAGCAAUUAUUUACUCGCUCAUCAGAAGUUCCUCCAUCAUCCAAUGUGAAUACAAUAAGCAGACCAAACCAUAAGCCCCAAGCAGAUGUUCGAAGUUCAUAUUUACCUGGUCAAGCACCACCACUACAUCCUUUGGAUAACCCAAUGCAUUUUGGAUUAUCAUUGCCUUUCAAUCUUUCUCCGUAUCCAAGUUGUUCAAUAAGUAGUAGUUCUGUUUCUUCGGCCACCGAGCCCUAUUUUCCUCUUGUUGGAGAACCAGCAUAUGAGUUUGUGCCAGAAGAGCCAGAGCUUUUUGAAGACCCGUGUUAUGUCCCUGAUCCGGUUUCCUUACUUGGGCCUGUUUCAGAGUCGCUUGACAUUUUCCCAUUGGACCUGGGAAGUGGGUUUGUUGCAGAUACUGGAUUGGAAAGGCCUUGGUCUUUGCCGAAUGCAUCUGUUUCUGCCGAAAUUAACAGGCCAUCUCCGAUUGAGUCGCCUAUGUCACGUGUACGGGUUGCUGAAGAAAGGCAAAACACAUCUAACCAGUUCUCAUAUACUUCAAAGGCACAUGAUCUGCAUACUUCACUUACAGAUGUAUCAAAUAAUAUAAAUGAACAGGGGACAUGGCAGAUGUGGGGCACAUCUCCACUUGUACAGGAUGGACUUGGUUUGGUAGGUGGGUCAGCCAGCUGGCUUUUACCCUUGGGCCAGAACAAGUCAAAUCAGGAAGAUGCUCUGUUUCCUUCAUCUCACAAGGCUAUUAUGUCACCGUUUGCAACGGAUAAUAAUGUCCUUCCCGGCAGUUGCUCACCGCGGAAAGUUCAUCUUGGUAGUUGCCAGAAUGGUGGGACGUUUAAUCCUCUAGGUCCUGGAUUGAACAAUAGUAGUGUAUGGUUACCAAAAGCUGUCUGCCAGUCAUUUUCAGGUGAUGGAGAAAACCAUAGCCCUCCGCAUAAUCCUCUGGAUGAUGUUUCUCGAAAUGAAAUGACAUAUGGUAGUCCAAGCAAAUUUGGAACCGGUCUUCCUUUUGAACCAGCUCCAGCCAAUUGUUGGUCCAACAAGGAUUGGGAUGUACAUGGUUCAAGGGAAAACAUUGGAAACUCAGCCCCGGCAAGGCCUGAGAUUGGGGGCCUAUUUUCCAGACCAGAUGUACAGUCGCUUUGGUAAUUUACUUGAGAGGGGAAAAAAAAUAAAGAGAAAAAUGAAAA